CGGCGUUCCGCGCGCCCCUCGCCCGCCCACUUCCGGCGGCCCUGCGGAGGCGCUCUGGCUCGGGCGUCCGUGGCGGCGGCGGCGGCGGCGGCGGCGGGAUGGAGGAGAGCGAGUGGCGCAGCGCCAACUUCCGGCAGAAGCUGGUCAGCCAGAUUGAAGAUGCCAUGAGAAAGGCUGGUGUUGCUCACAGUAAGACCAGCAAAGAAAUGGAAAACCAUGUUUUCAUGAAGGCCAAAACACGGGACGAAUAUCUCUCUCUCGUGGCAAGACUCAUCAUCCAUUUCCGGGAUAUUCACAACAAGAAGUCUCUGGCCUCUGUCAGCGACCCAAUGAAUGCGCUGCAGAACCUGACUGGGGGUCCUCCAGCAGGACCAGGGGCCAUGGGGAUGGCUUCUCGUCCUCAGGGGGCCUCCUUGGCCGGGAUGAGUGGGCUCGGGCCCCCUAUGGGACAGCCGAUGAAUCUCCCAGGGCAGCAGCCUCCAGGACCUACCGGGAUGGCCCCUCACGGCAUCCCCAACAUCCCUGCUGCCAGCCAGCCAACCCAGCUCCAGCUGCAGCAGAUGGCUGCACAGCAGCAGCAGCAGCAGUUCCAGCAACAGCAGCAGCAGGCCGCCCUGCAGCAGCAGCAGCAGCAGUUCCAGGCCCAGCAGUCAGCAAUGCAGCAACAGCAGUUCCAGGUGGCGCAGCAGCAGCAAGCAGCAGCAGUUGCACAGCAGCAAAUGCAGGUGGCGGCGCAGCAGCAGCAGCAACAGCAGCAGCAAAUGCUCAAAUUGCAGCUGCAUCAACAAAGCCAGCAGCAGGUGAGACAGCAGCAGCAACAGCAGCAGCAAAUGCUCAAAUUGCAGCUGCAUCAACAAAGCCAGCAGCAGAUGCAACAGCAGCAGCAGCAGCAACUGCAGCGAAUUGCUCAGAUGCAGCAACAGCUGCAGCAGCAGGCCGCUCAGGCCGCUCAGGCCCAGCAGCAGCAGCCACCGCCGCAACCACCACCUCAGCCACCACCCCCGCAAUCAAUGCAGCAGCAGGUGGCCCAGGCACCAUCCCAGUCACUUCCUCCCCAGCCCAUGGUCUCCCAGGCCCAGACUGUUGCGGGACAGAUCCCUGGCCAGGUCAUGUCCAUGGCCAUCCUGCCCCAGCAGAUAAAAGCCUUGCAGGUCAGAGCUUUGCAACAGCAACAGCAGCAGCAGCAGCAGCAGCAGCAGCAGCAGCAGCAGCAACAACAGCAACAACAACAGCAGCAACAACAGCAGCAGCAGCAGCAGCAGCAGCAACAACAGGUGGCUUCCCAAGUCCAGGCUGCCCAAAUGGGAGCAUCCAGCCAGAUGAUCACCGCAAGUAUGGCCCGAGGUGGGAUGCCAAUAAGACCACGGUUCCCGCCCACCACCGCUGUCUCUGCCACGCCUCCAAGCACCAUGCCUUUGGGUGGACCACAAAUGCCUCAGGUCAACCAGAGCAGUAUCACCAUGAUGUCUUCUCCGUCUCCUGUCCAGCAAGCCCAGACACCCCAGCCAAUGCCUCCCCCACCUCAGCCACAACCUUCUCCUCAGUCCGGGCAGCCGAACUCCCAGCCUAACUCCAAUGUCAGUUCUGGUCCAGCCCCUUCUCCCAGCAGUUUCCUUCCCAGUCCAUCUCCGCAGCCUUCGCAGAGCCCAGCAGCUGCCCGCACACCGCAGAACUUCAGCGUCCCAUCUCCAGGGCCUCUCAACACACCAGGCAACCCCAGCUCUGUCAUGAGCCCGGCCAGCUCCAGCCAGUCUGAGGAGCAGCAGUACUUGGAGAAGCUCAAGCAGCUGUCCAAAUACAUUGAGCCUCUGCGCAGGAUGAUCAACAAGAUUGACAAAAAUGAAGACAGGAAGAAGGACCUGAGCAAGAUGAAGAGCCUGCUGGACAUCCUGACAGAUCCUAAGAAGCGCUGUCCUCUGAAAACUUUGCAGAAAUGUGAAAUUGCUCUGGAGAAGCUCAAGAACGACAUGGCCGUGCCCACCCCUCCUCCCCCUGCAGUACCUGCCACAAAGCAGCAAUAUUUGUGCCAACCGUUGCUGGAUGCCGUCCUUGCCAAUAUCCGCUCACCGGUCUUCAAUCAUUCCCUGUAUCGAACUUUCAUGCCAGCCGUGACCGCCAUCCAUGGUCCCCCAAUCAUGACUCCGGUGCCUUCCCCGCGGAAGCGGAAGUACGAAGACGACGAAAGGCAGACCAUCCCAAAUGUUCUGCAAGGGGAGGUGGCGAGAUUAAACCCCAAGUUCCUUGUGAACCUUGAUCCCGCCCACUGCAGCAACAAUGGCACGGUCCAUCUCAUAUGCAAGAUAGAUGACAAGAACCUUCCGAGCGUCCCGCCGCUGCAGCUCAGUGUCCCGGCUGACUACCCAGACCAGAGCCCCCUCUGGAUUGACAACCCUCAGCAAUACGAAGCAAACCCUUUCCUGCAGUCCGUGUAUCGCUACAUGAUGUCCAAAUUGUUGCAGCUGCCGGACAAGCACUCAGUCACUGCCCUCCUCAACACCUGGGCCCAGAGCAUCCGGCAGGCCUGCUUGUCUGCUGCUUGACUGGCCAAUCUCGCCAGCUGGGCACCGGAAGCUUCGUGGGCUCGGAUCUGGCUUGCCUGCUUGUGCUGCUUCUGCCUUUGGCGGCUGGCCAGGCUCUUGACGCCCAUGGGAAUUUACAGUUUUCAGGGGAGGGUUAAAAAUGCCUUUGUAGAGAAGAGCUUGGGAAAGCAAACUCAGUCCCGCGUGGAAAGAGGGACAGCUGGUCCAGCGUCAGCCCUGCCCUCGGUCGGCAGGAGGACCCACUGCGUUCUGCUUCUCACAAGGCAUCAAGUGGGGGCUGGCGGGGAUCUGCCAAGGAUCGGGACCGCGGGUUCAGGCAGAAGCUCCUGCUUUCAGCACUCCAGCUGAUGUCUCUGACAUUUCAGUUUCAGGAACGGGACUGUUUGGACACAGUUCUCUGCCUUUCCGAACGUUGGCAUUGUUAAGACAGCAUCUCAGGUGCUGCCCCUUCUGUCGAUCUCUGAGCACUCUGCCAUUUUGAAGAUUUUCAAGUAAUUACUUUGCAAGAUGCUGAUUAAUUGUAGUACAACAGGCGCAAUCUUUCAGAUAUGAAUCAUUGCAUUUGUUUUAUUGUAAUAAAUCUAUUGUUACAGUA